AUGUCACAUCGACCCAAUGGAUCGGGUGAAUAUCGAACCUCGCCGCCUAAUCAUCGUUAUUCACAUUUAGAAGAAAAUCAACCUUCUCCAGCAGGUGGACAAGCAAGGUAUGAUGUAGAGAUGGGAGAUGAGACUUCACAGCCUCUACGUCAAGGUACAUCACUUGUUCAUUCACCGGCACCGUAUCAAGAUCAUCAUCAAUCCCCUCACAAUUAUCCUUCUCAACCUUACCACCAAAACUCCAACCAACCCUAUCCACAACAGCCUCCGCCUCCAGGUCAUAAUGUAGGAUACGAAGAUUCGCCCGAUCCGAACGCAUCGACAGUCUGGUCAGCGUACGAUAAGGUCGAUCCCGAUACCUAUGUUACUGAGUCAAAAGCCAAACUGUACGAUGAUGUAGAAGCAGAGGCAGAUGGUAUGAUAGUAAAGGAGAAGAGGAAGAAGGUCCAUGCGACUGAAGUGAUAGCUACCACCCGAGCUAGAAGGUGGUGGAUCCGAAUAACAUGGUUAUUGACUUGGUGGGUACCUAGUUUCCUUUUAGUAAAGCUAGGUAAGAUGAAAAGACAAGAUGUGCGAAUGGCCUGGAGGGAGAAACUGGCUAUAUUCGAAAUGAUCAUUUUAUCAUGUGGUAUCGUAUUGUUCUAUAUCAUCUUCUUUGGAAGACUGUUAUGUCCCAAUUCAGAUAAAGCGUGGAACACAUCGGAAUUGGCUACUCAUCAGGGAGAGGAUGAUUAUAUGGCUGCGAUAGCUGGGAAAGUGUACGAUUUCACCAAAUUCUACAAGGGUCAACACUCUGAUUUCUCAGGCUACACCACUUCGAGCGACGUAAUGCUCGAGUUUGCAGGACAAGAUCUGACCAACUACUUCCCACCUCCUAUGACCGUCGCUUGUCCUGGGUUAGUCACCAACGAAGAUCUUGCACUUAUGCGAGCCAACUUCACCCCGAUCGUAUCCUACGCUGUACAUACCAGUGGUAAACUGCAGACCAUUAACGGGACCAAGCUUAAUGCAGAAGACUGGUACACCAAUCGAUUGAUGCCCGAUUUGAAGCAGUAUUACAAGGGUAGUUACGUGUUUGAUAAAGGUACGAUAGAGAAUGGUGCGAAUAGUGAUUCGAAACAAUGGGCUAUAUACAAGAAGAAAGUCUACGACCUAUCCGACUACCUAUACACUGUACAAUACUAUUCAGGAUCAAGUGGAACCGAUCUCCCAAAUUAUAGUUUCCUCAACGAAGAUAUCUCAGGUUUAUUCCAAUCCUCUUCUGGUCAAGAUAUAACCAAGUCCAUGACUGAGAUAUUGGAAAAGCUACCUCAAGAAGAAGUAGACAAUAACUUGAAUUGUCUGGAUAACGCUUUCUACCUUGGAGAGAUGGAUUUCAGGAAAGAAUCGAAAUGUUUGGUACAGAAUUAUCUGCUUUUGGCUUUUAGUAUUAUCAUCAUGGCUACUAUCGGUGCUAAAUUCCUUGCUGCUCUUCAACUUGGAUCAAAGAGACAACCUGAACUUCUCGACAAAUUUGUCAUUUGUCAGGUCCCAUGUUAUACCGAAGGUGAAGAAUCGCUUAAGAAGACGAUCGAUUCUCUGGCAGCGUUGAAAUACGAUGAUAAGAGGAAAUUGAUCUUUAUCAUCUGUGACGGUAAUAUCAUUGGUUCAGGUAACAAUAGACCCACACCUAGAAUCGUGUUGGACUUAUUAGGUGUAGACCCGAAAUUGGAUCCUGAACCUCUGCUGUUCAAGUCGAUUGGUGAAGGUUCGAAGCAAUUGAAUUAUGGAAAAGUGUAUAGUGGGUUGUACGAAUUUGAGGGACAUGUGGUACCGUAUGUUGUCGUCGUCAAAGUUGGUAAACCGUCAGAAACUUCCAAGCCCGGUAACAGAGGUAAACGAGAUUCCCAAGUUCUUCUUAUGCAAUAUCUCAACCGAGUACACUUCGAAGCUCCUAUGUCACCGUUAGAAUUGGAAAUUUACCAUCAGAUGAGAAAUGUUAUUGGAAUUGAUCCUGCAUUCUACGAGUAUAUUUUCCAGGUGGAUGCGGAUACUACCGUCACACCUGAUUCACUCAACCGACUUAUCUCGUGUACUUCGGACGAUCAGAAGAUUAUCGGUAUCUGCGGAGAGACCAAGGUAGCCAAUGAGAAGGAAUCCCUUACCACCAUGAUCCAAGUAUACGAAUACUACAUAUCCCACCAUUUGACUAAAGCGUUCGAAUCCUUAUUCGGUUCCGUCACUUGUCUUCCAGGAUGUUUUUCCGUCUAUCGAAUCCGUACCGCCGACAAGGGACGCCCAGUAAUCAUCUCAUCAAUAGUCAUUGACGAAUACGCCGAGCCCAAUGUCGAUACGUUACACAAGAAGAAUCUGUUCUCACUGGGUGAAGAUCGAUAUCUGACUACAUUGAUGAUGAAGCAUUUCCCAACAUUCAAAAUGAAAUUCACCCCUGAUGCGGUUGCACAUACGGUCGCACCUUCCCGAUGGAAUGUGCUGUUAUCGCAGAGAAGAAGAUGGAUCAAUUCGACCAUUCAUAAUUUAGCGGAGCUACUGUUCUUACCUGAGAUGUGUGGGUUCUGUUUGUUUAGUAUGAGAUGGAUUGUGUUCUUGGAUCUUUUGGGUACUAUUAUUCUUCCUGCCACUUGUGGAUAUUUGAUUUACCUGGUCAUUGUGGUAUCUACCAAACAAGCUGCCGUACCUGUCAUCUCCCUAGCAAUGAUUGCUGCAGUGUACGGUCUACAGGCACUUAUCUUCAUCAUUAAGCGCGAGUUCAUGCUUGUCGGAUGGAUGAUCGUAUAUAUUCUAGCUUUCCCCGUCUACUCAGUCUUCUUACCGCUGUACUCAUUCUGGUCGAUGGAUGAUUUCAGUUGGGGUAAUACUCGUAAGGUCGUUGGUGAAGGUAAUCAGAAGACGGUGGUGUAUGAAGACGAUGAGCCCUUCAACGAGGGCAUGAUCCCUUAUAGAACCUUCAGAGAAUACGAGGCGAACGCUUGGGAAACCGCGUCUUUGCACUCUGAGAAAUCACGAGGAACCACUCAAACAUCGGUUUCAAGGAACCUUCACCCCUAUCCGAUAUCCAACCGAGCUCCAACAUUCCAUUCUUCCGUAUCCGAGUUACCUCCAGGUGCAGAUUACUGGCGAGACUCAUCCCCGUUAGGUCCUCAGCAUUCUUCGAGAAACUUACGUCAUGCUGAAUCCAACCCAUCGUUACGGGCUGGCUUCCAACCUAGGGAUCGAGUGCAAAGUAUGGCGGGAAUGUCGAUGUGGGGUAAUGGAUCCAACUACGAUGUACAUGGACAUGGUGGCCCGCCUGGAGGACUGAACCCCAUGUUUACUGGUGCAAGUGUCAUGGAUAAUGGUUCGAUGAGGGGAAGUACAUUCUAUCCUCCACUACCGCAACCUCAACAGUAUGGUUCACCAAUGAUGAACCCUAUGAUGAUGCCUUUCAACCCUAUGGGUAUGCCUGGACACAUGUCACCUAUGAACGGUAUGAUGUCACCUGUACCUACUGGACCACAUCAGGGACAAGGUAUGAUGGGAAUGGGAGCACCUAGAAAUACCAUCAUGUCAGGUUUAGGAGGGAUGGCUGGAGGACAGAAUAAUCAAUCGAGAAUGUCAUCUUAUUCAUUAGCUACGACCGCUAACCCCCUUGGAGGAGGAGAGAAAGAUAGAUUGGCUGGAUUGACUGUUGAUGAGAGAUCAGCGGAAGAGAUUGAUGAUGAAGUGGUAUUGGAGAAAUUGAGAGCGUGGCUGAGUAAACAGGAUUUGAUGAACGUCACAAAACGCCAAACGCGAGAAACCGUCUACACUCUCUUCCCAAAUGCCAAUUUGCAAUCGAGAGCUGGAUGGUUGAAUGAGAAUAUAGACAAGAUCUUGAGUGAAUCGUAA